AUGUUAGCUGAAAUACUUCAAAGACCGUUAUGCACCAAAGAAUUUCUCGUUUUCGAAUUCAACAAACUUGGAAUCAACAAGGGCGACACUAUCCUACUUCAUGCAUCGCUCAGUCGCGUAGGUUGGGUCAACGGCGGCGCCGAGACGGUCAUCUCUGCUCUACUCGACGUUCUGGGCGAAGAUGGCACGCUGGUAGUCCCCACGCACACAGGAGAUAACUCAGAUCCCGCGGAAUGGACAUCUCCAUACGCACCUACAACAUGGUGGCAAACAAUUCGGGAUACGAUGCCGGCCUAUGAUCCGCGCAUCAGCCAAACACGCGGGAUGGGCGUGAUUCCGGAGAUGUUGAGAACUUGGCCUGGUGUUAUUAGAAGCGAACACCCCCAGACUUCAUUUGCCGCCAUUGGGCCCAAGGCGGAAAAGAUUACCGCUGGGCACGCGCUCGAUUGCCGACUGGGAGAGGAGAGUCCUCUCGCACGAUUGGAAGAAGUCUCAGCGCGCGUCCUGUUGCUGGGGACUGGAUAUGACACUUGCACGUCGUUUCAUCUCGCAGAAUACCGCAGCUCUGCAAAGUUCGAGAGCAACUCAUUUGCCGCCAUGGUGGAAGGUUCUCGCCGUUGGGUGACUGUACGUGAUGUUGUUUUGAGCGAUGAUGAUUUUGAGACGAUCGGAAGUCAUUUUGAGACUUGCAAAGUUGUCACUAAAGGAUUGGUCGGGUCGGCCAAUUGCAGGUUAUUCUCAAUGCCUGAAGCUGUGGCGUUUGCAACUGAAUGGAUGCAAGUUCAUCGAGGGAGGAAAGAAGAAUGCAUAUAUGGAAAAUAG